AUUAAAACGGCGUUUAGUUGUCUGGUGGUUGCCGUCGCAAACAGUUCGAAAAAUAUGGAAGUUCCGGCGACUAUCUUGGGGCUCUGGAUCGCCAUGUGCCUCGCCACAAAUCCACUGGAGGUCGAGGGGGCCAGAUUUAGGAUUCCCAGCUUGCCGGGGAAUUUAAAAUCGUGGAAUUGCCAGGCCGACAACAUUGGAACCCAGUUAAACUUGACAGCCCUAUCCGGGAAUUGGUACGAAGCUGCCCGGGUACCCAACGUCGCGGUUAUGGAGUGCCUUAAUGUCUCGGUCCCCAACGAAAUCGUAAAUAAUAAAUUAACCUUGGGCUUGAACUAUAUCGAUACGACUAACGGAGGCAGAUCAUUCACAAACGAAUCAGUUGACUUUUCUUGGAACAACUCCACCCAACAUGGAAUCUUUGAACUGGACUUCGAAAAGGUGUCUGUAACUUACAAGCUGGUGUUCACGGACAACGCCGACGUCGCUUUCAUCUGUGGCUAUGGAAGCAUAUCGCCCAUUCCCCUAUUUAAGCUUCUAACCCGGGAGCGGGAGAUCAGCGAGGAGAAAAUUGAAAUCGUGAAGAACAUAGCCAAGAUCUAUGGAGUGGACUCGAUGAUUUCAUGGCAAGAUCAGUCGCCUGGUAGAUGCAAUGGGUCCUGGGGUCUAACUCCCCUGAGAAAUAUAUUUUUUGUCAUCGGAUUUGUUUGGGCGGCAAUGAAUUUGUAACUAAAUUUCUAUAAUUUAAGUUUCCUAAAAUGCUAAUCAGUGUUUGUUGUUAUCACUUAUUCCCAGCUCUAUUUUAUUUUCUGCCUUUUGAACAAGUACGAUAUACAAUAUUAUAAUAAACAAACAACUAAGUCUGUUUUA